UGGUUUGCUAAACACCAUUAAACUACAGAGGAAGAAGAUUAGUCUCACCGUGAUCCCUGUUGUUUUGCCGUGAGGCUGUUUUAAUACAAACUGUUAGAAAUUCGGUUAAUAGAAAAAUAGUUUUUGAAUCAGGUCAGAAUAUACCUAAUAUAUUAUCAUCCUCGUAGUCGUGACCUAGUUUUGAAGCAAGCACCAAUAUCUAGAGGAGUAUAAUCUGAACUGAGAUCUGCUGCUGUGAAGAUGGUGUUUGUUAAAGAGGAGAACGCGAUUGAACCAGAAACCUGCAGAAUAAAACACGAGGAACCAGAAACCUGCAUUAUAAAACACGAGGAACCAGAAACCGGGAGAACAAAACACGAGAAACAAGACGGACGUGUGUGUCGCGUUCUUUAACGUUCCGCCAGGAAACAAAGAUACCAUGGUGCCAAAUCCCCUCACGAAAGAAAAAAGCCUAGUGUUUACAACUGUGACAACGAGUGCUUAUCAGGAUCAACUAAACGCUGGAUUUUCAAAAGCUGUCUUUUUAUGCUGGCCUCAGGCUGUCGGUUGAAAUCACAGGCCCCCUCCCCUCUCUCCAUGCCGCUUUACUUAAGAUAAGCUCCUUGUCUAUUUUUGAAGGCUUGAUGAAAGUGAAAGAGGAAAGACAAGAUCUGAAUGAAGUGGAGGAGAACCAUCAGGAUCAGAAAGAUGCUGAAGAACAAUCGGUGAAUUACUCCGAAACUGAAAGGAGUUGCUCACAAAGCAGCAUUCAGAUAACUGAUGUUAAAAAGCCUUACAGCUGCUCUCAGUGUGGAAACACUUUCAAACAUAAAAGAAGCCUCGUAUACCACACGUUAGUUCAUGCUGGAAUAAAGCCUUUCAGCUGUUCUCAAUGUGGAAAGAGUUUUACACAGAAAAAACAGCUUAAUGAUCACGUGCUUGUUCAUUCUCCAGAAAAACCUUUCAGCUGCUCUCAGUGUGGAAACACUUUCACACGUAAAGCAAACCUUAAAAGUCACAUGAGAAGUCAUAGUGGGGAAAAGCCUUUCAGUUGCUCUCAGUGUGGAAACACUUUUACAUGUAAAGGAAGCCUGAAGAAUCAUAUGUUAAUUCAUGCUGGAAUAAAGCCUUUCGUCUGCGCUCAGUGCGGAAAGAGUUUUGUGCAGAAAGGACACCUUAAGAUUCAUUUGGUAACUCACUCUUCAAAAAAGCCUUUCACCUGCUCCGAGUGUGGAAGGAGUUUUACACAGAAAAAUCAACUUAAUGAUCAUGUUUAUAGUCACUCUACCACAAAGCCAUUCAGCUGCUCUCAUUGUGGAAAGUGUUUCUCAUUGGAAAAAAAACUCAAUGAGCAUGUGCGUAUUCACUCUUCACAAAAGCCUUACAUCUGCCUUCAGUGUGGAAACUCUUUUACACGUAAAGCAAGCCUUAACAAUCACCUGAUAAUUCAUACUGGGAAAAAGCCUUUCAGCUGCUCUCAGUGUGGAAACACUUUCAAACGUAAAGGGUGCCUUAAGAAUCACAUGUUAAUUCAUGCUGGAAUAAAGCGUUUUACCUGUGCUCAGUGUGGAAAGACUUUUACACAGAAAGGACACCUUAAGGUUCAUUUGAUAACUCACUCUACAGAAAAGCCUUUCACCUGCUCUCAGUGUGGAAACACUUUCAAGCGUAAAGAAUGCCUUAGAUAUCACAUGCUAAUUCACACUGGGAAAAAGCCUUUUACUUGCUCUGUGUGAAAAGUGUUUCACUUUUAAACAAGGAUUUAAUAGUUGCAUGAGAAUUCAUACGAAAGCGAAGUCGUCUGUGUGUGAAGAGUUUUAUAUGGAAAGCUG